UGCGGCCGGGUUGCUACAGCCGGAGCUGGGCGGUGGCGGAGGCGGCGGCAGCGGUGGUGGCGGCGGCGGCGUCGGCGGCGGCGGGUGUUGGGGGAGAAAUCUCGGGGAUCCAGAGGUGGUGGCUCAAUGGAGGGACUGGAAGAAAAUGGAAGUGUCCAGGUAGGAGAAUUGUUACCUUGCAAGAUUUGUGGAAGAACGUUCUUUCCAGUGGCAUUAAAAAAGCAUGGACCCAUUUGCCAGAAAACUGCCACUAAGAAGCGGAAGACUUUUGAUUCAAGCAGACAAAGAGCUGAAGGAACUGAUAUUCCAACAGUAAAGCCUCUUAAACCUAGGCCUGAACCACCAAAGAAACCAUCUAAUUGGAGAAGAAAACAUGAAGAAUUCAUUGCCACCAUAAGAGCAGCUAAAGGCCUUGAUCAGGCACUUAAAGAGGGUGGAAAACUUCCUCCUCCUCCUCCACCUUCUUACGAUCCUGAUUAUAUUCAGUGUCCAUAUUGCCAGAGGAGAUUUAAUGAAAAUGCAGCUGAUAGACAUAUUAAUUUCUGUAAAGAACAGGCAGCACGUAUUAGUAAUAAAGGCAAAUUUUCUACUGAUACCAAAGGAAAGGCGACUUCUCGGACACAGUAUAAGCCGCCUGCACUUAAAAAGUCAAAUUCUCCUGGAACUGUACCAUCAGGAUCUUCACGGUUACCACAACCAAGUGGCACUAGCAAAACUGUUGUAGGUGUGCCUUCAGGUAAAGUGUCUUCAGUUAGCAGCUCUUUGGGGAACAAACUUCAGACCUUAUCUCCUUCCCAUAAAGGGAUAGCAGCCCCUCAUGUAGGUAAGAUGGACAAGUUAGGCCCUCCACUUCGAACUGGAAGACAUGUGCAAAGGUUGUAUGACAGUGAUACAAAAUCAGACAGUGCCAUCAAAAGACAUGAGUUAUUACCCAUUUACAAAACUAACAUCAAACCUCGAAAUUCCACACCACCAAGUUUGGCAAGAAAUCCUUCCUCAGGUGUGGUUACAAACAAAAGAAAAACAUAUACUGAGAGCUACAUAGCCAGGCCAGAUGGAGACUAUGUAUCUUCGCUUAAUGGCGGAAACAUUAAAGUCAUGGAAGGAAAUUCAACAGGACACUUACCAAAAUUCUGCCAUGAGUGUGGGACUAAAUACCCUGUAGAAUGGGCAAAGUUUUGCUGUGAAUGUGGCAUUCGAAGAAUGGUUCUGUGAAUAGAGCCCAAAAAAAGCUAAGUCCAGAAUUUUAUGACUGUUGCUGCUUGGACAGCUAGAGCACUUCCUUUAGUGAUUUUAUGCUAAAAUUAUUCAAAAUACUUUUUUCAGCAAUUUUUGGAGCAUAAUCCUUUGGCUGUGAAAUGUGUGUGUAUAUAUAUGAAUGUGUACCUAUACUGUAUAUAAUAAAUACCUGAUACCCCAAACUGUGCCAUUCAAGAAAAUAGUCACUCAUCUGUCAGAGAAUAAUUUCAAGUGGAAUCAUUAACUUAGGUAUUACUUUUCUGUUACAGUUGUUGAAGCACAUUAAGCAUACCUUCACAAAAUCAAAUGCUAGUGCUCAGCCCUUCAAGCUUUAGGAUGAUCGUUACUUUGAGGAAAAGUCAGAACAAACAUUUUUAUUAUUGGUGCCUAUUUUCAUGUAGUAUAAGAUUGGAUGCUUGGAGUUUUGCAAGAGAGUAUUUUCAGUUGCAGUUAGUUAUGUAAGGUCAUUUUCCUAUAGAGCUGUUUUACGGUUAAUUUUAUAAAUAUUUAAAAAAGAGAGGAAUUCAACCUCUACAGGUCUAUGUUGUCCUUUACUCAGUAUAUCAUUAAUUAUAUAAUUUAGAGAUCUUUAUUUAUUCUUUAAAAUGUAAUUAUGCAGUUUCCUUUUCAGAGACACAAGACUAAAAAAGAUAAAUGUAUUUUAUUCUAGUUAUAACUUCAUGACUUUUUUUUACCUCUGUGUGUUAGUUGAAUGUAUAUUCUUUCUAUUUCUAAUUGUGUCUCCAUGUUUCACUUUUUUCUUUUUCAUUACCUCAUGUCUGGGGAAUUUUAGUUUACUACUUCCUUAUUUUUGCAAAGUUUGAAAAUAAUUAUUUAAUGUAAGAGGCACAAGAUUCCUUGCAAAAUUCUACAUGUUCAUUUCUGUGUCUGAAUUUAGAAGAAAUUAUUUUAAUGGAUUUCAAAGCAAACCACCUGACCCUAAUAAAUAAUUUGGAUAAUUAAUCAUUACUGCAGGGCAUGCAGGUAAAAAGUAUUAUUUUUUAAUUUCCCUUGAAGUAUAGAUGUAGUGAUGAGUUGGUUAGGGUCUAAUUUUUCCUACUUAUAUUUUCUGUUUAGUGUUUAAUAUUGAAAUACCAUUCACAUCACUGUAAAAAAAAACAAAACACUGAAAAUGCACUGCUUUAAUGCACAGCUGACUUAUGUAAUUAAACAUUCACAAAAACUUAAUUAUACUUUAACUUUGGCUAAAAUACAGCUUUUAAUUGUCACACUUUCAGUAUGACAGUAUUUAGUAGUAGAUUCUUUGAUUGCCUGUGCAGCCCAGGUUCAAUAAUUCCUUAGUAAUUUCUGUUGAAUGGAAAGAAAACAGCUUUGUGUAAGCAAAUCUUCUAUAGGCCAUUUCUAAUUUCUCGUUUAUGAUUAUGAUCAACUGUGUAAGGGUUAAUGUAGAAAUUUGUGGCUUUUAAUUUUCUCUGAAAUUUAUUUAUGCUUAUACUUUAUAAUUGUAUUCAUUAGUGUUUUUGGUUUUGGUGGUUGUUGUUGUUGUUGUUUUCCCUUCAGGCAAGGGAUGUAAACUUUGAGGUAAUAGGAAUUGUCAUUUUAUUUACCUUAUAGUUUCUUUCCUGACUUUUCAUUAACUUUUUUAACCUGAUUGUCUUUAUUCAGUCAUUGGUC